AUGGAACCGCCAGCAAAGCGCGUCAAAGUCGGCCGCCCGCCGCGCGAUGCGCCCACUGAGACCAAGGUCAACAGCGACGUCAACGGCAACAACAGGAUGCGCAGCAAGCCAAAGAAGGCCGAUGACAAUGACGACGACGACGAGAUUGCCAUGGACCCAGAAGACUACGCCAUGAAGGUUGACCCCGAAUACCGGCUGGACCGGAGCCGGGCGGUGGCCGACCGCAAGCUCAAGUCGGCCUUUGAGCUGCUGUUUGAAAAAUACAGCCAGGAUUUUGGCGACACGGGCGACGAGAUCAACUUUUACACCGACGAAAUCGAAGUCGACAAUGGCCACAUUGCGUCGCUGCCCGUGGAGCAUCCGUCCACGCAGGGCGGCGGCCAUGAUUCGGACGACGACAGCAGCAAAAACGGCCAUGCCGACCGACCGCCAGAACUAUCCGCUGCUGCAACGGCGGCGUCAUCCCGUCUGGUGGCGAGUCUCCUGCCUUCACGCUUUGGGCCCGGCGGAACAGUGGUCAUGGGCGGCAACGGCCCAGCCGCACAAGGAUCAGCGCCGGGCGAGGUCGAUCCGACAUGGGCCGCGCCCGACCUUCCGGACGCGGCAUUCGGCGGGCCAGAAGGCAGGUUUGCCAAUGUGCCGCAUCCACCACCGCCUAGGGCUAUAUAUGCUGCGCCCCAACGCACGGUCUUUACAAAGGCGCUGCCGACAAGCUACGGUGAGGGCGACGACGACGACGACCUCAUUCUUGACUCGGCCAAGCCGGUGCUGGGGUCAUCCAGCAGUGCCACUCCAAGGUCUGCAAGGGCUACGGAGGGCCAGUCGACGAGGAAACGACAAAAGAGGACAUCACGCAAGCCGAGCAUGUCAGAUGAACCACAGGAGCCGUCUGGUGCGGCUGCCACUGUAGGGCAAAAAAACCAAGAAGAUGCGUCGCCAAAGCGCUCCUGGAAGAGGGGUCGGCGCAGUCUACAGCAAGCGACGUCAACAGAACGGGCGUCGGUGCCCGGCUCCACAUCACCACAACCGCCUCUUUCGGACGUGCAGAGCUCGUCACCAGUACCGCCUGGGCUUGGCGAGACAGAACAGCCAAAGCGGCCGUCAUCACCGACACUACCUACGCCGCCACACGAGAAAGGCGUCUCCAAGGACCCGCCCGUUGUAAACAGCACCGAGUCGAAACCAAAAGAGACAUUUAAGCGGAAUACACUCGAUCCGGCGUUCGUCUUUUCUGACGAAGAGGAUUUUGGUCUAAAGAAGCGGAAACGGAGGCAGCCGGAACCUACUGUCCCGUCUCGUCUUGCUGCUGAACCUCAGGAGACAGUGCAGAUUGUCGGAAAUAAGCCCAUCCAGAAAUUUUCUGCAGUGGAUGAGAGCGAGAACAACGCACCACUUGAGGCGCCAGACGUUGAGAACAGGGAAAAGAGACGGCCUGGGGGGUCAAGGAAAGGUGGCGUUGUUGCAGCAGUGAGCGUGGGCGUGGACAACACAACUGAAGUGGCUGAGACAGCCCAUCUCGACGCAGCACACAGACGAGACGCACAGUCACUGUCCAUCAUCAUCAUGGAAACGGGCGUACAGCCAUCGGCAGAUUUUGCUGCCGCUUCGACCACUGCUCCAAUAGCAGCCGCAAGGGCAGAGGACGUCGAUACAGCUGCUGAAGUUGCUGCUCCGGUAGAGAUUGACGAUGAACCUGAGUCGGCAAGUGAGUACACGCCCGAGUCUGAGCCCGAUCCCGAUCCCGAUCCCGAUCCUAGGCCCGGUUUCGAAGACAAGGUUGAAGUGAACGCCGCCGCAUCGUCGCCGCCGCCAGGAGCAGAAUCCGGCGAGCCCCCACGGAAACGAAAGCGCCGUCGGCAAACCGAGGACUCGCCCCGAAUGCCGUCGUCGCAGAAAUCCAGCAAGGCAUCGUCUCUCAAGUCGUCUCAAAAAUCAGCCUCGUCGGCCCAACCCAAAACGCACCCGCACCGCGGCCGCGGCCGUCCCCGCUCGCGCGAGAUUCCCGACAGCCAGAGCCUCGACAGCAGCGGCAUCAUUUCGCUGGUGUCGGACGGCUCGGCCGACGAGGCUGAAGUCGACGCAACUGCCGAAGCCUCGCCGCGGCCGUUUGUCCCCCAGAAUGGCGGACGGCAGCCGGUGUCGUCCUUGCCUGCAUCGCGCGGCUCCUCUGUGCAAACAACGCCGACGACCAACCGUAAGCAGCCGACACCCUCGUCGCGGCGACACGUGACGACGCCGAGCCGGCACCGAAGCCAUACGAAGAAAGCAGGAGCAGCCAUCCGGCUCACGCCGACUGCGAGCCGACUACUGGCACUGUCACCGCUGGCUCGUCGGCAACAUCAGGCAGGGACGGCCGGGCCGGGCAGCGCCGUCUCGAGUCCUGGCGGGUCACCGAUCCGGACGCCCGGAGGUACGCUACGGCGGUGCGGCAAGGACGGGUUCCGCUGCGAGCGCGAGUUCUGUUUCCGGUGUACAUAG